AUGGAUCCAUCCAGUCACCGUUCUUCAGAGUACGAGUCUCAGGCUGAUGCGGCCGGUGCACCUCCCCCUGGUAAGUUUGACUAUUGUUGUCCAGACUAUGACAAUGUUGAUGUUCAUAAAGAUGUCAAGUUAGAGCUGGAAAGCGCCCAACUCGAGUUAGAGGCAGCAGAGGCGAUGCGUAGGGCGGCAGCAGCCAAACGUAGGGCUGCUGAGAGGUUACGCCAUAAAGACAGGAUCGACGUUAUCGACACUAUUCGGUUAUCUUAUAUUAUAGACAGUGUCAGUCCAAGAGAUCACGGCCCUUGUUCAGAUAGCAUUACACCUGAGAAUGUUCGUAAUAAGGCUGUAGAACUGGGGGUUAAACCCAGACUAACUGAUGUCUCAGAACAGAAAUUGGACAAGAUCGAUCUCUUAGUUAACCAACUUGAGCUGCCUAGGUAUGAGAUCCCUUGUUUUGAUGGAUCACCCACAUAG